AGGAAUUUAAUGAGCGAAGAAAUUUUGUGGAAAAUGCCCGCAAUUCUCAACCACUCAAGUUAUUUUCUGUCAUCCGACGGUCGAAAGGAGGACUGGGACCUGUACGCAUAAGUCUCGCGCAAGUUGGCUAACUGCGACUGUGUGUCCGUUUACAUUCCGUAGUCCGUAGCAGUGCAUUUGAGGAUCGAGAGGGGUACGACCGUCAGGGAAGUUGCGUUGGUAGUUAAGCGCUAGUGAAGUUUAUGUGUUCAUGGGCAGCUACAAAUAAUGUAUUUGGGGGAGGGAAAAGAGCAGAAGUGUUGAGGGGUUGGAGAUGUCGGGGACUGGAGGAGGGUUUGGUGGUCCGAUACAGGUGUGGGAUACAGUGCAGAGCUGGUUUACCCCAACUGUGCUGUUCGUGCUGCUCAACAUUGUGAUCGGCACCAUUGCAGUCAGUUCUCGUAUGCUUGGGAACAGUAACAACAAUGAGAAUCCCAAUGGCCUCAGAAGGGCUCCUUCACUGCUCGCUAGGUUUUCCUCCAUGACUUUCAAUAAGAUGGUAAAUGAUCAGGCUGAGGUUCAUACAUGGAUCGAGCCGCAGGAAGCAGUUGUAGAGGACAAUGUGGUGGUCAGAGAAGAGGAAAAGCCAGUGAUUGAGCAGAAGAAAAGGCCGAGCAGGGCAGCUCAGGGCAGGGGCAGGGGAGGAGCUUCUUCUGGGUUGUCGCAGAGAACAGGGAAUGUGAAGAAUGGGCUCGCACGGAGCAAAUCGGAUGCGGCGCCUCUCAUAGAUCUGCACCCGCCUCCCCCUCCUUUGCCUGGGACGAUUAGGAAAUCUGAGACUUUCGAGCUCAACAGUAGCCAGGCAAAGGCUGUGGUUGCAGGGAAACCUCCGAUUUCUACACUUGCUACGGAUUUUCAGGAAGUGUCGGGCACUGAUGGGGCGUCUACUGAUGGAGUAGAUGCAAAGGCGGAUGAUUUCAUUAACAAGUUCAAGCAGCAGCUCAAGUUGCAGCGCCUUGAGUCCCUCAUGCGUUACAAGGAUACUCUGAACAAAAAGAUGUAGAAAUUUGGGUCCAUUGAGUGAUGUCUUUUUUAAACUCCUUUCUAUGUAUCUUUAGCGAAUGUUUUGGGCAUCUUUGUUCAGAAAACGCUGUAUUUAUUGGCUUCGAAAUCUUAAUUUGAUGAAUGGUUUUUCAGUA